AUGGAGAAAAUUCGAAGGCCUGUCCAUGAUAGGCCUUUCUUCGGAUGCCUUGAAAAGGUUGGAAGUAAUUUUUCACAAUAUGAAAAGCAGGAUGUUUUAGGAAACAAGAAAGGCUAUUCACCCGGUCACCUCCCUUUUAUGAAGGUUUCCAUCCACGUCAACAAUAACACCGAUAAGGAGUUCAUGUCCCUCAUAGUAUCUUCAUUCCAAGAAAUUUAUCUUGAGUUCUGCCUAAAAAAUCACCAUCAAUCACUUCUUGCAACAAGUUCAAAGUAA